UCCAUGGAGACGCGGCGGAAGGGCAGCCCAAGAUGGCUGCCGAGCCGGGCGGCGGGUGCCGCUGUCCCCGGUCCCGACCGCCGCUCGCCGCCCUCACCGCCGUGCUGCUGCUGGGCUGCGGCUGUGCCGCCGCCUUCCCGCCCUCCGCCGCCUCCUGCUGCCACCACCGCGUGCCCCGCGGCGGCGAGGUGGUGUACCAGGUGCCCCUGAGGGAGAAGCACGUCCUGAAGAGGAACGUGGGGCAGCAGCUGCGGAUCCAGACCGUGUACGACGGGAGCGUCGAGGAUUUGCUACCUGAGAAAAGACACCUUAUAAAGAGCAAACUCUUUCCACAAGCUAUUUCUUAUUUGGAGAAGACUUUUCAAGUGCGCAAAUCUACAGGUACUAUAUUACUAAGCAGGCAGUGUGCAACAAACCAGUAUUUAAGGAAGAAAGCUGACCCUCACAGAUACUGUCGAGGAGCCUGUGCGGACCAUACGAGAUGUGGGCCAGUUAUAGUUCCUGAGAAACACCUCCAGCAAUGCAGGGUAUGCAAUGAGAAUGAAUGGCACUGUGGACCUGUUGGCCUACCUGACCAAGAAGGUGUUCGAGAUGCUGACUUUGUACUUUAUGUUAGUGCGCUCACUACUGAAAGGUGUGGCCAUGAAAAUAUCAUUGCGUAUGCAGCCUAUUGCCAACUGGAAGCUGAAAUGGACAGGCCAAUAGCAGGGUAUGCUAACUUGUGUCCAAAUAUGAUUUCAACUCAAGCUCAGGAGUUUGUUGGCAUGUUGUCUACAGUGAAACAUGAGAUUAUCCAUGCACUGGGUUUCUCUGCUGGACUGUUUGCAUUUUAUCGUGAUGAUGAUGGAAAACCUUUAACAGCAAGAUCCAUGGAUGGGCUUCCUCCUUUUAAUGAAAGUCUUGGUUUGUAUGAGUGGAGCAAUAAGGUUGUUCUUAAAGCUGUGAGGUUAUGGGAUAUACGUGGUGGCAAAAUGCUGCGCCAUGCUGUGUAUCUUCUGAUAACACCUCGUGUAGUUGAAGAAGCUCGGAAACAUUUUAAUUGUCCAGUCCUGGAGGGAAUGGAGCUUGAAAAUCAAGGUGGUAUGGGUACUGAGCUCAAUCACUGGGAGAAGAGGUUGUUGGAGAAUGAAGCGAUGACUGGAUCCCAUACGCAGAAUAGAGUGUUUUCCAGGAUCACCUUAGCAUUAAUGGAAGACACUGGCUGGUAUAAAGCAAAUUACAGCAUGGCAGAGAAAUUAGACUGGGGACGUAACAAAGGCUGUGACUUUGUAAUGAAGAGCUGCAAGUUUUGGAUCGACCAAAAGAGACAAAAGAGGCAAUUAAUCAGUCCAUACUGUGACACUUUGAGGAGUAAUCCUUUACAGUUAACCUGCAGACAGGACCAAAGAGCAGUAGCAGUGUGCAACUUACAGAAGUUUCCAAAGCAGUUACCUCAGGAAUAUCAGUAUUUUGACAAUCUAAAUGGAGUGCCAGCAGAAGACUUGCCUUAUUAUGGUGGCUCAGUAGAAAUUGCUGAUUAUUGUCCCUUUAGUCAAGAAUUUAGUUGGCAUUUAAGUGGUGAAUUUCAACGCAGCUCGGACUGUAGAAUACUGGAAAACCAGCCAGAUCCUACCAAAAACUAUGGUGCAGAGAAAUACGGACCGAACUCUGUUUGUCUUAUUCAGAAAUCAGCUUUUGUCAUGGAACAGUGCAGGAGGAAACUCAGUUACCCUGACUGGGGCAGUGGAUGUUAUCAAGUUUCUUGUUCUCCACAAGGGCUGUAUGUUUGGGUCAAGGACACUGCAUACUUGUGCAGUCGCUCGGGUCAAGUAUUAAGUGUUAGCAUUCAGAUGAAUGGCUGGGUACAUGUCGGGAAUCUAAUUUGUCCAGCCUGUUGGGACUUCUGUGAUUCCUGUCCUCCUGAGCGGGAUCCUCCAGCUUCCAACUUAACAAGAGUUGCACCAAUUGAUUUAUGCUCCUGCUCAUCCAGUCUGGUUGUUACCCUCUGGUUAUUGAUGGCUAACUUAAUUCCCCUGCUAACAGGAUUUUUUCUCUGCGCAUGGAGCUAAGCAUGGGGAAAGAAGGAGUUUCGAGAUGAUACCAUCAUGCUGCACUACUUAUCAUGGAGCACUGCGAGAGCUUUUUGUCUGUACAGGCAGGUGUAUUCUGCUGAACCUCUUCUCUCCUGGUGAGUAGCAGUGCUGAUAGUUGCUAGGGAGGUACCGACAACAGCAGCCAGAGUUUGAGAGAAGGAGAAUUUACAUUGUCAGCUCAAUAAGUGCCAGUAUUUUCCUGAUUUACAACCUUUCAUUUUGACACAGUAACAAGAUCCACUGUGCUGACUGCGUUAGACUACCUGGCAAUUCGGUGAAGGUUUGAAAUGAGAACCUUUCUGUAAUAAAACUUUUUUUUUUUUUUUUUUGUCCUCUGCAUGACUGGUAGCAAAGCAUCCUCAAACUGGAAAUAUACCUCAGUGGUUUAGUCAAAAGCCAUGUGAAAAUCAGUUGUGAUCACUGCUAAUAACCCAGGCCUAAAUAGAUGGGGUUUUUUUGUUUUUAUCAACUUUUAGACUUCAUGGUGAAAAAAAUAAUGUAAUGGGGUAGUAGACCAGUUUUUGAGACUUGCUUCCACAAUUGGAUUCUGCAGCUUUGAAGCUUCUCAGAAAUCAUAGUAUUAUGUGUUAAAAUAUCUAAUUCUUGGGGUUUGUCUAACUUUGGGGGUUCACUUGAACCUUCAUACAUGCACAAAGUUGAAUUUUAUCCUGGUAACCAAAUCCCAUUUUCAUUUAGCAUGUGCCAGUUCUGCUGUGAAAUUUAGUACAUCAAAUAUUUGAAUAUUCUCAGAGUAUUUUGCUAGGCAAAUGCAUUUCAAUCCUGAUACACAAUCUGCAACAUUGGCAUAGGUUUUCUGUUUUGUUUGUUCGUUUAUUUGUUUUAAAUAGGGUGACCAUAAAUACAGCUCUUUUCCCUUUCUGUUGAGGGGGCAAAUCAACAGUGAUGGCUGCUAUAAUCUUACAGGUACCAUAUUGAUUUCUUUAGGCCAAAACUAGACUGAAUGCAUAAAGAAAACUCAGUAAUGUCUCUUUUUCCCCUUUGUUGGACAUGCAGUUGAUAAUCCAAAUGAUAUGGAUUAUUUGAGGAUUUAUAGUAUGUUAGAGAAUAAUCAGAUGUUUUGAACCACGCAAGGGCACAUCUUGCUACAAAAUUCAUUGCUUAAUGGGCAAAAUAUACUAGGUUAAAGAAAUGAGGAAAAUCCAUCUCCUUAGGGAGAGAUGCUCUUUAGGACACUUUGUGUAAAGCACGACAAACAAACAUGUUCAGAGUAAAAUAAGCUCUUAAGUGGUACAGUCCAUUGUGCAGCUGGAAUAGUUUUCAUUCUUGGAGAAGUGUUAAACUUGAGAGAGCAGAUGUGCCCAGUGCACUAGAAAAUGCAAAGAUGGGCAUAAAGAUGUUGUUUCUAAAUGUGCUGCAGUGUUAGAAUUGUAGGUGAUUCGAUCCCUUUCUAAAAUGGAAGGUAGACAGAAGGAAGGUGCAGGGAAUAAAAUUUCCUUGGCUACAAUUAAACAGUUAAAUACACCUAAAUAGUAGAACUUCCAUUGUAGCUGUAAGGACAGUGAAGAAAAUCUUUGUGCCUGCUAGUUUGCUUUUGUAGAGAGACUCUUGUGACACUACUGAGGUGAGUAAACUUCAACCUGUAACUGUCUGAAGGCAUCACAACUGAGAGAGUACCUUGCACUGGGCUAGUUCCCCUUCUUGCUGCAGGUUAUGCACACUUUGCUUUGAAUUAUACAAUGCCCCAGUUAGCCUUAAGUAAGUGUUUCUGAGAAGCAAUAUGAAAUAGGGAUAAAAUGCUUUAAAUGUGUACAAGUUUGAAUUAAGAAACACUCAGAUUCAUCAGCAAACACUGAUUAUUUUAAUAUAUGCACAGUCAACAGCUGGUAUAAAAUGAUUCCUUGAAAACUCGGAAAGGUUUGAGAAUACAUCUUAGGUCCCAGAGGUAGAUAUUGUAUCUUUUUCUGUUGUGCAAUAAUACAAUGUAAAUGGUAUCACUCAAAAACCAUGCUUUUUAUACUUGAAAGAAAUCAUUGGUUAUUUUUUCGUACUGUGAAAUAUUUGCACUGUUUGAAGUUUCUGGUUAACUUUAUAAGUGUUAAACUUUUUUACUGGUGUUAAUUUAUUGCGCUUGGUAUUUGAUGUGCUAGUCUCCUGUCUGUAUAAUUGAGAUUUGUUAUAUUUAAGUGAGUAUUUUUAUCUUCUACACAGUUGUUUAUCUUGAGGGCUUUUUUUUUUAUUCUCUCGUCCUGAGAAUUAACUGAAAUCUGAAAGAUGGCUUAAAAAGUCAAUGCUUACCUACUUCUGAAUUGUAUACCAUAAUUAAUGAAAAAGGCUGUAGUGCGUUGUACCUAUGAGGAAAAUCUGUGUGCUGCUCAGAGGUUUUCCGGGCAGAUUCACCAGUACCUGCCGAGUAGCUGCAUUAGUGAAUCCAGUGAAGUAAAGCUGUAGUUGCCUUAAUAAUCUGAGAUCUCGGUCAUAAUUUCUUUGAAAUGCAGCCUGUAAAAACUGGCUGUGAGCUGCAGAGUUGGAAGUGACUUGGGAGUCGGGGAGGGAAAGUACUUCAGUGGGCAGAAUCGAACGUGGUGUAUGCUGUCAGGGAGCUCGCGGCUGUAGCCUUGUUGGAGCUGCUAAGCUCACCUGAAAGUGAGGAGGAAUUGGUGACUCUCGGAAGGAAUAUUUAAGUAAAACUGACUACCUCAGUUCUGUUUGUCUUUGAGUUAAGCUUUUAGCCCAUCAUUAACUUCCAAGUCUUAAGAUGACUUAAGUAAAAACACGUCUCAGGUUUUUAAGAGCAAAAUCAUUUUAGUAGGAAGCAUAAGCCAUUUUUUAGUGUAAAACAUAAAGCUAAAAACUGUAGCUUAAAACAAUCACUUAUGUAGCCUUAAGUAUAGUUUUCCCCAGCAGAAGUCAGUGUUGGUGUUAGGUGAAUGCAAGGUUUGCAGGCAGCUACUCUAGGUUUCAUGAACAUGUUGUGGCAAGUCCAUCAUAUUGCAUCUCUUACAUGGGAAGGCUUUCCAGUAUGGCCCAGAUAAGUCUCUGCGUAUUCGCCAGACUAGAUGGCAUGAUUUCCAGGGUUUUUGCUGCCCUAAAGAUAAAUGAAUUAGCUUGUAGCCAAAAUAUUUUGAGUAUAUAAUGUCUGCAGUUUAGAUUUUGUGAAAGCAUUCCAUGUUUGCUUAUGGAAGUAAAUUAGUCUUGCAGUCUUUUUUUUUCUUUUUUUUUUUUUGUUAACCCAGCUGCUCAAAUCUAUAACACUAAUUAGAACCUGAGGCAAGUCAUAUUUUAGGAACACAUUUUUCUAGUGCUGUUGCAAAGACUGAAGAGGAGAAAGGAUAGCUUUUGGCUGGUAUACUUUGUAUGCAGUGAAUAAAAUUACAUAGAAAAGCAGGCAGUUCAUUCCUCUUGAAAUGGGUUGAGGUUUUGGGAGACUAUCAUAGCCUAGAUAUAGGUUAACUUACCGAGAGAGAAUUUCGACCCCUGUUGUUUGACUGUAGGUACAAUGUAGCUCGUUCUUUUUGUUGUGCACUAGUAAACUAGGAAGACUGAUGUAAUUUAAAAGCAGUUGUAGCAACAAUCCCUUACUUAAAAGGGACAGUUGUUUUAAAAUCUUCCUGUCAUGCAAAUCUGUCUGGUUGAAUAUAUUUCAGUAGAAAGAGAAGUGUUAUGUCCUUUCUUCCUCAUACUUCCUACUAAUGACUCUUAGCUGAGCAGUUCAAGGUCCUUCCCUUGCAAAAUUUAAAGGCCAAGUUUUGCUUGGUUAAAGGGGUGAAUGCUUGGGUGUAUCACUCUUCAGGAUUGCGGUCUAUAGUGUAUAUUAAAUGAUGUGAUCUUACAGUAUCAGACUUCCAAAGUGCAAAUGUUGCCUUUUUAAUAUAAAGAUUACCCUGGAGAUAAAAACAACAGUUUUGAGAGCACUGGCUGACCUUGAACAUGUUUCCUAUUUUGAUAUAGAAUGUAAAUAUAGAACAAACUAUUUUACAUAGAUUUUGACUGGAAUAUUGAGAUAUAAGGGCUAACUUUUGUUAUUUAUGGAGUAAAAUUUCCUUAUUUUACUGUGUAAAAGUUUGUCAUUCAGAAGAAGAAAUAGUUCUGUUCAUCAAUAAAAUGUCUGUAGAAAAAUGA